AUGUAUGCAGCAGCAAUAGCUGCUGCAAUAGCAGCAGUUACAACAGCAGCAGUAACAACAGCAGCAACAACAGCAGCAGCAGCAGCAGCAACAGCAGCAGCAGCAACAGCAGCAGCAGCAACAGCAGCAGCAGCAAGUGCGGAGCAGGGGGGAUGCAUAGGUAGCAACAGGCAGAUGUAUGCAGCAGCAGCAGCAGCAACAACAACAGCAACAACAGUAGCAGCAACAACACCGACAGCAGCAGCAGCAGCAGCAGCAGCAACUGCAGCAGCAGCAAUAGCAGCAGCAGCAACAGCAGCAGCAGCAACAGCAGCAGCAGCAGCAGCAGCCGUACAAUACAUCCGCUGA